AUGGUGGGGGUUGGGGACGCACGAUAUCAGCUUCUCUACGGCCGCCUCCAAUGGCUGCCCCUUGAGCGACUUGAGGUAUUUCUCGAGGUCGGGCGCGUAGCCCGGUGUGGCCGAGGGCAUCGUGGGCAGGCUUGGCGGUUCCUGCGUCUGCGUGUAUGUCUAUCGGCGGCGACGUGGAGGCCGUGCAGUCGCGGCGAGGGGUCGAAGAAGGGGCAGAAAUUUGUGCCAACAGUGGCCUGCGCCGAGAGCGGGGGAGGAGCCGAGUUUCGUUCUUGCGGAAGCGUCUGGAGCUCCGGUAGUUAUGCGAGUAACUGUAAUCACCUCGGUGCAGAUAUGUUGGCGCUCGCAAGGUAA